AGCCUCCAGACCAGCCCCGUCCUCCACCCUGACUCCACUCCAGCCCCACGCCACCAUGUGCCAGUCCAGCUGCUCCACGGGCUGCCAGCAGGCCUGCUGCGUGCCCAGCUCCUGCCAGACGUCCUGCUGCGUGCCCAGCUCCUGCCAGAUGUCCUGCUGCGUGCCCGUGAGCUGCAAGCCAGCCGUGUGCGUGCCCAUGAGCUGCAAGCCAGCCGUGUGCAUACCUGUGAGCUGCAAGCCAGCUGUGUGCAUGCCCGUGAGCUGUAAGCCCAUUGUGUAUGUGGCUCCCUCCUGCCAGUCCUCUGGGGGCUGCCAGCCCUCCUGCCCCACCCUGCUCUGCAGGCCUGUCCCCUGCGGCACCCCUACGUGCUGCUGAGCCCACGGCC